AUGGAGCCUCUUAUAUACAUACCUGAAAUGAGUUUCGGCUAUGGAAUCGACGAUUUCGUCGCCGUGGGUCAGCUCUGCUGGAAAGUCUACAAGAAGUGCAAAGACUCGCCCGGAAAUUACACAGAGCUUUCCAGCGAAGUCGGCGCUUUGCACAAUGUCAUAAAGGAGACAGAAGAGCUGUUCUCUCAACAAAGUCUGGCGACGGAGCAGGAAGUCAAGCUGGUCACAUGCCGGCAAGGCUGUGAAGACGUGCUGAAGGACCUGGAUGGACCCAUUUUAGUCAAAUUCGAGAGCCUGGGAACGAAUUCUCGAAGAAGAACAUUCGAUAGAAUGGGUUUUGGGAUGCAAGAUAUGAAUGGCAUACGACUGAGGUUGAUUUCGAAUGUGUCGAUGCUUGAUGCUUUCAAUAAUGCUCAUCGUUACUAUCAGUGUUUGAGAAAGACGCAUAUCAAAAAUGUCGCCACCGUUGCGCCGCAUGUGAAUGUGGGCUCCGCUACCAUUGCCGCCCUUUUGAAGGAAUGCGACCGCUUUCAAAUCACCGCUCUCACCCGCCCGACUUCCAGCUAUUCGCCGCCAAAUGACAGCAUCAACGUCAUUACCACCGACUUCGACUCCUCGGGCUCCCUUAUUAGUACCCUCCGCAACCAAGACACUCUCCUCUGCUGCGUCCUAGGCGGCCAGACUAAGGUCGCUGCUCAAAAAUUGCUCAUCGAUGCGGCGAUCGAAGCAGGGGUGAAGCUGACCUUUGCUAGCGACUAUGUGGCCAACAUUUUUGAGUUCACACUACCAGACUUUCCCGAUGGAAUUCGGCUCGAACUCGGUGUCGCCGGCUUCGACAUUCCCGCCCGCCGCGCCACAAUCUACGGCACCGGCAACAACCUCGCCUGCUGGAUGUCCCUCCCGGUCAUCCCCACCGCCGUAGUCAACAUGCUGCUUCACCCAGCCGCCAUAGUAAACCGCAGCAUUUUAAUCUCCGGCGUGCUGAACUCAACACACAAAAAAAUUCUCGCUGCUCUGGAAACCGAGACAGGGGAGGAAUUGAGCGUUGAACAAGGUGAUGUGAAACAGAUCAAGAGUGGUGCAAUGGAGAAGCUGGAGAAAGGGGAACUGAAGGCUGCGACGAGAGAGUUGACGAUUAGUGCGCAGUCCAAUGACGAGGAGGGGUCGGCGGAUUUUUGGGAUUUGGUGGAGGACGAAGCUGUGGGGGUGCAGGCUGUGGAUGUGAGGGAAGCGGUAAGCGAGUAUUUGCUAGAGCAGAAGCUAAAGUUGGACAAAGUCGUUUGUCUGAGAUGA